AUGAAGUCAAGCGCAAACAUUGACGGUAGAAGAAUAGUUCCCUUUGCGAUACACUCGACUACAAAUGAUAGCUUUCACGAUGUGCAUCCCAUCUUGAAUCCUGCCAACUCUGAAGCUCUCGGAUCACUGCCGUUACUCUCGCAUCAAGGGCAACAUAUACGAAACGAAGAGAAGGCUGGCAAAGGUGUACUAGAUAUAAAGAAGCGCCUCAAUUGCGAGCGAGCGAAUUGUGGAUCGCGUACAAAGACUACCGGAAAGCCCUGCAAAGUCUUGCUCAAAGAAGAUAAGAUUGCGGCUGCGGACGCAGUGAUCGAAUCGCUCAGACCUCUCACCCAGUCAUCCCCCAAUCUUGAGGAUCAACUUUUUGAGCUGGCGAACAUCGUACAUUGUCAUCAACAUGCCAGCAAAGUGCUUAAGCAACAGCGCGUUAAUGAUUGGUUCAUGACAUUCCCUACCGGAGACGAUAAAACCAUACCUGUCAUGUCCGUCGCGAAGAAGAUCGAGAAUAUCCUUUGGGAUAAAGUGUCAAACUGUUGCAUUGGAAAGAACAAGAAGGGCAAUCGCUGUCAGAGGAAGAUUGGUGGCCAAAAAGUCCAGAAUUAUCAGAGGACUAUAAAGGAGAUCGUCAAGCCAGACACGUAUUUGGACGACAGUGAACUUGAUUACUUCCUCCAGGUUCUUCAACAUAACACUUUUUGCUUCUACCACGUUUCUGAUCAGGGUGCCAAACAGGUAAAGGAAUGGAAGGACACUAUCACAAAUAUUCGGAGAAAGAGUGGUAUCCCAGCAGCAGACUCGAAUAUCUCCCAAUCGGGUAAAGGAGAUAGUCAACAAGCGAGCACACCAAACGUUCAUAUGGAUACAUCGAGUUCAAAUAUACUACGACGUCGGUCGAAAUCUUUGUCCCCAGCUCAAUUUUGGCCGGAAGAGCACGACAACACUCCUUUGAAAAUUGUCACCAAGCCCAUUGAUACGGCCGACACGAUCCCAUAUCUUCUGCCGGAGACAGAUCAAACGAAAGGCUUUGUGUAUGCAUACGAGGUCGAGAGUAACAAAGGCCUCGUCAAGAUAGGGUACACAAGCAAAACGGUCGGGGAGCGUCUUAGUGAAUGGACCUUUGAUUGCAAUAGGGUUGUGCUGCCUAUAUAUCCUAUCGAUUCCCGGGCUGCGGUGGCCGUUCCAAAUGCACCUUUCGUAGAGGCACUAUGUCAUGCCGAGUUAAGGCAACGCAAUGUCUGGAUUAACUGCGAUGCUUGCCUGAAACGACAUGUGGAAUGGUUUCGGGUCUCACCCACAGAGGCCAUUGCGCUAAUACGAAAAUGGUCAAAUUGGGCGUGGAUGCAACCACUACCGUACCAUCCGAGCUUGGACCUGGCUUUAGAUGCAUGCGCUGAGGCCAAGAUGGAAGAUAAUAAUGCAUUUGAUGCAAAGUGGCCAGUGGAAGAGAUACAAGUACAACUUCAGGCCGUAUAG